AUGGGGCCCGCAGUGGGGCGAUGGCGGGCAAAUGCGGAUGGACAUCCAGGGGGCGACGGAGUGUGUGGGAUCAACUCGUUGCCUGGGAUCUACCCGGUGGUGCGCAUUGCUGCUGACUCGUGCAACGCGAGCGGGAAGAGCAGUGAGGCUUUUGGGCCGUUGUUCAACCCGUGUGGCAGCUUCAAGUGCACUGUUGAGCCCGAUGGGAGCAGCAACCGCUGCGACUGCAACGACCCGCGAUAUGUGGAGGCUCGCAAUGCGGAUGGCUCACGCACCUAUGCUUACAGUGCUUCUGCUCUCCUGUCUCGAGACGCGUGCAGGGCAGCGGUGCGCAAUCCAUGUGCAGUGGGCACGUGUGUGAAUGAUGGCAAGGGGUCGUACUCGUGUGUGUGCCCUCCGGGCUUCAGGCAGGGCACCACUGUUGAUGGCACUUUCUCCUGUGCUCCUGGUGACUCCAGCAGCAAGUACGCGGUGGUGAUGGAGGGGCUCACAUGUGCGGACAUCCACCCCAUGGCUCCUCUCGUGGUCGGCACGGUGGUGAGCGUGCUCCAGCCACCCAGCCUCACGCCCUGCUCCGUCUACUACACCACCUCCGAGGGUGACACAUGCGAGUCGCUAGCCACCUACUUCUCGCUCACCGCCGGCUGCUCUACUCCCACUGCGCCCUGCGCAGCAGCUUUCGCAGCACUCAACCCCGGCCUCGACUGCUCCGGUGGCGCCAGCAACACCGCAUAA